UUUUUUUUCCCUAUUUGCCUUGGAUUGCAUCACUUUAAUCUGAGUUGGCGCCCAAUCCCGUUGCAUCCCUCCUCCAUCUCCGAGGCUGGCCCCAAUCUUCCCCCCUCCUCACCCGUGUUGGUCUGCAGCUAGGUUGUUUCUCCAACCGCCAUGCAUCUCACUGCCGGCAUUCCCCUCAAUACCCCAGCUGUGAUGAUUCAAUCAUCCUUUGAGCCUUGUCCACCAGUCAAUUAUGGGUUCUUUUUGUUUUUGUCUGGUAUUUUUUUUUUCUUUGUGAGCUUGAUUGAUCAUUCUCUCUUUUCUUUUUUCGUUUUCAAUAUUCCGUGUACGAUGCUGUCACUCUCGUUUGGUAUUUGAUGAACAAGCAAAGCCUUGGCCCUGUCAUACUUCCUGAUUUUCCUCCGGGGAAAGGU